UACUGUUCCAUGCGAAUCCGCAUAUAUCUUUGAUCGGAUGUCUUUCGCAGUCUGACACUGCAUACAACAAGCAGCGUAACUACCGCAGCUUCCGCGGAGUGGAGUCAUUCAACCGAAAACAAAGAACUAGUAUCAACACUUUAACCCUUGCUACUAUGUACUGUACAUUUCUCUCCCUUCGACGGUCGGACACUUGCUUAGGUUGGACAAAGAGAAAGUCUAGCCAGCAGUCGUCUUCGAAAGUUCCGACACCCAAUCCUCGGCGCAAAGCCAUAUGUGAGGGGGUCGCUGAUCACACAUGGUUCGGUUCAAGAAGGUAUGUGGUCAGUCGACCAGACCGUCAACUGAUUCUCCACGAGCUCAAGUGCCAUGCUUUGAUUCUAGACCUCCACUGCAGGGUCAUCGCAUGUUGAACGAUGUUGGACAGUCCUUUCUUUCAGCUUCGGAAAGACCCACUGGCCUGGGAUGGACAUGGGCCAUCGAGAUAGUUACCAACCUCGUGUUUGUUGCACUGUUUGUGGCAGAAUUUAAACUCCUGCCCAAGCAACGACUGUUAGCGACCUAGAUAAUCCUAGUCGUUCAUAGUCUUCGCAGUAGAUUGCGACAUCAGGUGUGACAAUUAAGCUUUCUA